UAAAAUUUAACUCGGCUCAUUUACUGCCCUAAUCACCAACUCUUCCAAGAGACAACCAAACGGCUUAAUUUGUUUCUUGUCUCAUGCGAGCAUCAUGAUCAAAUAAAGUCGAGGUGGGUGGGCAACAAAUUCCAGUCCGAACCCUUCGUCCGCCAUUAAUGAGUGGAGCAGCCCACGCUGCUUCCAUGAUAUACCUCAACUCCCAACUCCUCCUUCCACCGCCCCAGCUGCUCGGUCCUCUUUAUAAUGAAUCUUAAUCCCUCGGCAUUUCCUCGAACAGGAAGCGGGCGAGGGAUCGGAGGCAGCAUAAUCAAUCGAUAAAACAUCGAUGGUGUUCCUGUGCUUUCUGGUGGACCAGCGGCGGAGGGUCCGGAGCAGCAAGCCGGCGGCGGGGAUCUGCUCGCGGUGCGGGGCGUGCGCGCGGGUGGCGGACAUGGAGACGGCCACGCGCUUCUGCUACGUGCCGGUGCACCGCAGGAGCUGGCGGGCGAUCAUCUGCACCUUCUGCGGCGCCCUCCUCAAAUCCUACAACUAACUCACAUAAAUACAAUUGAUGUAAAAGAUUUACCUAUGAACAGAGUUUUUGAUAUUUUCAUUUCUUUCAGUAUCCAUAAACAUCUGUAAAAAU